AUGCUGACAUCCCCUACAGCAAGGACCUCGGUAAGGAUAUCAAGGCCCGCCACGACGGAGAGGCCAAAUACGGUUUUGACGUCUGGUUCGCUGGACAUCGCAAUGGUGCAAGUGGUGUCCAGAACCCUAACACCGCCGACAUCAAACAUGAAGCUGUCAGCGGCACUUUCUACGCUUGCUGCAUUGCAGCCAGCAGUCGGCGCUGCCGUGCAGAAUCGGGCGUCAGAUGUCGCGGAUCUGGAGCACUACUGGUCGUAUGGGCAUUCAGAGCCCGUCUAUCCAACACCUGAAACAAAGGGCUUAGGCGACUGGGAAGAGGCCUUCACCAAAGCCCGGUCGCUCGUCGCUCAGAUGACUGACAAAGAGAAGAACAACAUCACAUAUGGCUAUUCUUCUACAGCCAACGGUUGCGGUGGGACAAGCGGAGGAGUCCCACGAUUGGGAUUCCCCGGGAUCUGCCUCCAAGAUGCCGGGAAUGGUGUGAGAGGAACGGACAUGGUCAACUCUUAUGCAUCCGGAGUUCAUGUGGGAGCGUCAUGGAACCGGGACCUCACAUACAGCCGGGCCCAGUAUAUGGGCGCCGAGUUCAAACGGAAGGGAGUCAAUGUUGCACUUGGUCCAGUGGCUGGACCCAUUGGCCGCAUCGCCCGAGGCGGUCGCAACUGGGAAGGCUUCAGCAACGAUCCCUAUCUGUCUGGUGCCUUGACUGGAGAUACCGUUCGCGGUUUGCAAGAAUCUGUCAUUGCUUGCGUGAAGCAUCUGAUAGGAAAUGAACAGGAAACGCAUCGGAGUACACCAUCAAUGUUGGCCAACAGUCGAAACCAAUCGUCCUCCUCCAACCUGGACGAUAAAACCAUGCAUGAGCUCUAUCUGUGGCCCUUCCAAGAUGCAGUCAAGGCGGGUGCCGGUUCCGUCAUGUGCAGUUACAACCGGAUCAACAAUAGCUACGGUUGUCAGAAUAGCAAGGCGAUGAAUGGUCUGCUCAAAGGCGAACUCGGCUUCCAGGGUUUUGUUGUCUCAGAUUGGGGUGCUCAACACACUGGGAUUGCUAGUGCAGCGGCCGGGCUAGAUAUGGCAAUGCCUUCAUCCUCGUACUGGGAGAAUGGCACUCUUGCCCUAGCUGUCAAGAACGAGUCGCUGCCUUCCACACGCCUUGAUGAUAUGGCCACCCGUAUUGUCGCUACUUGGUACAAAUAUGCGGAGAUUGAAAACCCUGGUCAUGGCCUACCAUACAGCCUCCUUGCUCCCCACAACCUAACCGACGCCCGGGAUCCGAAAUCCAAGUCCACCAUCUUGCAAGGUGCUGUAGAAGGACAUGUCUUAGUCAAGAAUACGAACAACGCCCUGCCCCUUAAGAAACCCCAGUUUCUCUCUCUCUUCGGGUAUGACGCCGUCGCUGCUGCUCGCAACACAAUGGAUGACCUUGAUUGGAACAUGUGGUCUAUGGGCUAUGAUAAUUCCCUAACAUACCCCAAUGGCUCAGCUGUGGAUGCAAUGAUGCUGAAGUAUAUAUUUCUCUCAAGUGCAAACCCAAGUGCGUUUGGCCCCGGGGUGGCGCUCAAUGCUACGACGAUUACUGGUGGUGGCUCGGGUGCCAGCACCGCAUCUUAUAUCGACGCACCCUUCAAUGCCUUCCAGCGCCAGGCAUAUGAUGAUGAUACGUUCCUCGCCUGGGACUUUGCAUCUCAGAACCCCUUGGUGAACCCAGCUAGUGAUGCUUGUAUCGUGUUUAUUAACGAGCAGUCUUCGGAGGGAUGGGAUCGACCAUAUCUGGCAGAUCCCUACUCUGACACAUUGGUUCAGAACGUCGCUUCACAAUGCAGCAACACCAUGGUCGUUAUCCACAAUGCUGGUGUUCGCCUUGUGGACCGCUGGAUUGAAAACGAUAACAUCACGGCGGUCAUCUACGCUCAUCUCCCUGGACAAGAUAGCGGCCGAGCCCUCGUGGAGGUCAUGUACGGCAAACAAUCUCCAUCUGGCCGUCUGCCUUACACUGUGGCAAAGAACGAGUCCGACUACGGUAGCCUCUUGAACCCGGUAAUCCAGUCCGGUACCGAUGAUAUCUACUACCCCCAGGAUAACUUCACCGAGGGCGUCUACAUUGACUACAAGGCUUUCGUGGCUGCCAAUAUCACCCCACGGUACGAGUUCGGAUACGGAUUGACCUACUCCACUUUCGACUACUCCGACCUGAAGGUUUCCACCUCCUCAAAUGUAAGCACUAGCUAUCUGGCUCCAGGUACUACUGUGGCUGAGGGUGGUCUCCCUUCAGUGUGGGAUAUCAUCGCUACCGUGACUUGUACUGUUUCCAACACCGGGUCUGUGGCGGCGGCGGAAGUGGCCCAGCUCUAUAUUGGCAUCCCGGGUGGCCCAGCCAAGGUUCUGCGAGGAUUUGAGAAGCAACUCAUCGAGCCUGGACAACAGGUGCAAGUGACUUUCGAUCUUACUCGUCGCGACCUCAGCACCUGGGAUACCGAGAAGCAGAAUUGGGGGCUACAAGCAGGGAGCUACGCUCUCUAUGUUGGAAAGAGUGUCCUAGAUAUCCAGUUAACCGGAUCAUUGAGCUUAUAG